AUGCUGCAGAUCCUGUGUCUGGCACUCUGUGGCCUACUGACCUGCACACGAGGUGAACCCCGGGCGCUGCUGCGGCUGGGCAUGGACAUCAUGAACCACGAGGUCCAGAGUGCUAUGAACGAGAGUCACAUCCUGGAAAAGAUGGCAGCUGAGGCGGGCAAGAAACGUCCGGGGGUGAAACCCAUCAAGGGCAUCACUGAUAUGAAGGUGAAGGAUGUGCAGCUACCUGUAAUCACACUGAGCUUCACGCCAGGGGCGGGCAUCUUCCAGUGUGUAUCCACCGGCAUGACCAUCACUGGCAAAAGCUUCAUGGGUAAGAACAUGGAGAUCAUUGUGGUCUUCAACAUCACGGCCACCAACCGGAUUUUGCAAGACGAGGAGACGGGUCUCCCCACAUUCAAGAGCGAGGGCUGUGAGGUCAUCCUGGUCAGCGUGAAGACCAACCUGCCUAGCAACAUGAUGCCUAACGUUAUCAACAAGUUCCUGGACAGCACCCUACACAAAGUUCUCCCUGGCCUGAUGUGUCCAGCCAUUGAUGCGGUCCUGGUGUAUGUGAACAGGAAGUGGGCCAACCUGAACACCCCCAUACCCAUAGGCCAGAUGGGCACUGUGAAGUAUAUCCUGACAUCCAUACCAACCACCACAGCCAGCUACAUUCAAGUGGACUUCAGUCCUGUGGUACAGCAGCAAGAGGGCAACGCCAUCCAGCUCGCUGAUGCUGGGGAGGCCCCCGAGUUCCCUGAGUACUGUGUUGAAGGCUCUUCACAGCUCCUGCUCUCGGCCGCCUUCCUCACAGCAGAGCUUGCCCUUCUGCAGAAAUCCUUGGAUUUUAACAUCCAGGACACAACGGUUGGUGAGCUGCCCCCACAAACUACUGAGACACUGUCUGGCUUCAUCCCUGAAGUGGCUAAGGCCUAUCGCAAGCCAACGCCCUUGGUGACUCAGAUUAGGAUAAACAAGCCCCCCAAGGUCACCAUGAAGACAGGCAAGAGCCUGCUGCGCCUCCGUGGCACCCUGGAGAUGUUCUCUGCUCAGCAGCAGGGCGAGGCUCCUGUGUCGCUCUUUCUCCUGAAAGUUCACUUCAACCUGAAAAUCCAGUACUCAGUGCGUGAGAACCGGCUGCAGAUGACCACCUCCCUGGAGAGAUUACUGAGCCUGUCCCGGAAGUCCUCAUCGAUUGGUACCUUCGAUGAGAAGAAAUUGACAGGCUUUAUCACGGAUUUUCUUCGAGAAGCCUACAUCCCCGCUGUCAAUGAUGUGCUACGAGUUGGACUUCCACUUCCGGACUUUCUGGACAUGAAUUAUAACCUGGCAGAGCUGAACAUAGUAGAGAACGCCCUGGUGAUGGACUUGAAGCUAGACUGACAGGAUUCGGG